CGGCUCCAGAUGAAAACAUGAUUGCAAUCAGGGAUGACAUUUUAACUGUGGACGCGUCUCGUGGUCAAGCACGAGCGGAACAGGGCGCGCACCCACCACCACCACCCCAAUGAACACACACCUCCAUCAUCCACCACCAGCCAUCCAUCCCGCAGCUGGAGGAGGAGGAGGAUGAGAGGGGGGUGCACGAACAUCCAAAAGAAAUCCGUGUGGACGCGCCUCGCCUCCUGCGCUGCUCCUCCGUGCGCGCUCCCGAACAGAGGCAGGCAUCGGCUUGGGGAGCUCGGAGAGGAGAGCAGACGAGCGGCUGCGGGGGAGAGAGGAAGAUGGAGUUGAGGUUCGGGGAGAGACUCCUGUGGCUGUCCGUGCUGUCCAGCGUCCUCUGCGUGGACUCGGUCCUCGGAAAAUACGUGAAAGGCAUCGUGAACACCAAAGAGGACUGGGUUUUCCUCACACGCUUCUGUUUUCUCACCGAGUUUGGGCGGCUGGAUUUCCGAUUUCGCUACCCAAAGUCCCGAUGCUGUCAGAACAUAUUGCUCUACUUUGACGACAGCUCUCAGUGGCCAGCUGUGUACAAGAAGCCUGAAAAGAGCUGCGACCAAAAGGAAGCGGUGCUGAGGCCCGAAAACAACCAGGUCAUAAAUCUCACCACACGUUACACCUGGUCAGGAUGUGUGGUGGAGGAUGAUGGCAACGAGGAGGUUCUCAGCUGCGUGGGUGGUCGCAGUUUCCGCUCAGUGAGGGAGAGAUGGUGGUACAUCGCUCUCAGCAAGUGUGGGGGCGAAGGCCUGCAGCUGGAGUACGAGAUGAAGCUGACCAAUGGCCAGUCGUUUUGGACGCAGCAUUUCUCUGCAGAUGAGUUUGGGAUUUUGGAGACGGACAUCACGUUCCUGGUCAUCUUCUCCUUGGUGUUUCUCCUCUCCUGCUACUUCGCUUACAACCUGAAGGGAAGACAGCUUCUUCACACAACCUACAAAAUGUUCAUGACGGCAGCAGGUGUGGAGGUGCUCAGCCUGUUGUUCCAUUGUGUCUACUGGGGCCUGUAUGCCAGGGAUGGAGUUGGCAAUUUCAGCCUGAAAAUUCUCGGGAAAUUACUGUUCUCCGUCAGUUUCCUGGUGUUCCUUCUGAUGCUCAUAUUGUUGGGCAAAGGUUUCACUGUCACCAGAGCGAGGAUCAGCCACAGCGGGUCUGUUAAAUUAAGCAUCUACAUGACGGUCUACACAAUCACCUACGUCAUCCUCUUCAUCUACGAGGCCGAGUUCUUCGACCCGGGUGAAGUGCUCUACGUCUACGAGAGCCCCGCCGGCUACGGCCUGAUGGCCCUGCAGCUGGUGGCCUACGUGUGGUUCUGCUAUGCCGUGCUGGUUUCCCUGAAACACUACCCUGAGAAGCAGCCCUUUUACGUGCCAUUCUUUACCACGUACACGCUAUGGUUUUUCGCCGUUCCCGUCAUGGCUCUGAUCGCCAACUUCGCGAUUCCCCGUUGGGCUCGGGAGAAGAUAGUCAACGGCAUUCAGCUGGGCAUCCACCUCUACGCUCACAUCGUCUUCCUUGUUAUUACGAGACCAUCAGCAGCCAACAAAAAUUUCCCGUAUCACGUUCGGACAUCCCAGAUUGGGAUCCUCUUGUCCAGUCCAAAAGGAGGUGAAGGAGGGGAAAAGUUUCCCCAUCAUGCCUAUGGAAACAGCUCCUUCCUUGGAGACUCUCAGCCAAACUUUACUGAACUUUUCUCCAUCCAGUCAGCAUGUCUCUUUAAGCCUCCUCCUAGUGAAGGACGAAAGGAUCCAGUAAAGACUGUGGAGGAGACGGUGGCGCGCAAAGGACCAGAUGUGCAAAGGAACAGCGAGCAGAAGAUCAUCACCACUGCAGCAGAUAUGGCCUUCAUAUUGCCCCCGCCCCCGCCCCCGAUACCUCCACGCCCGGCUUCUCGUUCGCCCCCGAUGCCAUCUCGGCUCCCUUCCUUCACGGAGUAUUUCAGCAUGCAGAGUGGCAGCGGAGCGGGCUUUGGAACGAAGGCGUGAGAUGGGUGGAAACAAAAGACGGUGGUGGAAGGAGGGAUGGUAUGAAAGCAAUGGACAGAAUGACAAGAACACGGAGAGUCAAUGAAAACCAAGGUGUCAAAAGGUCACGAGAAUAAUAGAACGACAGACAGAAGUUACCAGAAAAUGAUUUCCUAAAUGGUUCUUUUUUUCCAUCAAGUGAAAACGAACAAAAAUGGAGAAAUAAGAAGAAACGGCCGACACACAAAUGCUGAGCUUGUAAAAGAAUAAAGAAGCAAUAAAUAUUAGAUGUCGACCAGUUGAGGGUGGAGAGACGAGGAAGUGCAUGUAGCCAGAGCAAUAGAGCGAUCGCUGUGCACAAAGUGGAAAUGAACAAAAUCCUUUCAUUCAAAAAUUCAUGAGGCUUUGAUGGUGUGCCUGCAAGAGUUUGUAAAUAGCUAAAUCCUUUCAGAUUUACAGUGAUAUUGCAAACUGUUUUAUUUUGUUGUAUUUUCACCACAUCACGUCCUAGUUGGUGCUGUGACUGCAGAAAAACUCAUGCCACAUUACAUGUAAAAAGUUAGAUUUUUUCACGUUUUAGUUUUAAAAUGGACACAUUUUGAUAAAGUUUGAUAUAUUUACGCUCUAUGGAGUCUAUGGGUUCAUUUCUAUACGUGUAUGCCUUCACUGGCUCUGGUUAUUCUGAUCGAUAUGCUGAUGUGUAACUGUAAAUCGUCACACCCGUAAAACAUGCAUGUUCGUAUCGUACUUCCUGUCCGAAAAGCAAACGCUGAUAAAUGUGCUCCAUGUGAUGAACAGUUGCUUAUUGUGUGUAUUGAGAAAUCCAUCCAUGUGUAAAAUCCAUACAGUAGGCUUCAGUCUAUUUUUGAUGGCGGUAUUUCUGUUGAAUAUUCUGAUCUUAUGCUUUAUGAAACCCGAUGGAAAACCAGUGUUAUUUCCCAUUUUGGUUUUAGUCGAAUUUCCACCAAAGUGCAGAAUUUGCCUGUUUUGAAACGGUCCUGUUCGUUAAUGUGGACGCCGGUGAAUGUAAUGAUGCAACACAGCACAAGGACAGCGGUGUUUCUGAACCAACUUUUAUCUGCAAAACACUUUUUUUUUGCUUCCACCAACAAAACAUCUCAGAUUUACAAGCAGAAGUUUGCUUUUUCUCUUUUUUAUUACAAGUGACGUCAUGCUCACCCCUGUCUUGUACCUGAAACCUGAAUAUUUGAUUUGCCGCAGUGCAGAAAGCUGAACAGAUAGUUUUGUAUAUUGAGUCGGGGGAGGGGGGCUGUGAACACGGCAACACAACUGUACAUUUCGUCUGUCCUGCAUGGAGCGCUUUAAUGUUCCUGGUCUGUUUAUUUCUGAUGAUGUCACCCCGUUAGGCCACUUUGACACCUGUAUUCAUCAUGCAGUAGCAUUCCCUCCACUUUGUAAAUGCAAACUAAAACCACCACUUUCCAGACAUCAUAUGGAACAAUUUGUUCAAAGUUGAUGCUUUUGUCUUGAUUUACCACAUCUGUGUUAAUAUACCAGAUUUAUCGGUGGAAGUCUUGCUGUCAUGGAGUUCUGACGUUAGGACCGUGGUGUGAAACGUGCUAAGAGUCUAGUCAGAGGUGUAAAUUAGUCCGUGAAACUGAACGAUACUUGAGUUAAGAGUACACAUUUUUUGAUUGUCUGACUUGCGUUUUGGCGUGUCUGCCAACUCGUCCGCCAGGACUUGGUGGGCUUUUAUUGACAGAGUACCGCUGCUUCAGCCUCGUGUGUACUGACAUUUAACCACAGGAGAGAGAAGUGAUAAGGCGUGACAGACAACAGCACAGCUUUUUGGCGACUCGGGAGCGAUCUGGUUAAGAGCACAUCACUAAAGCACCAUUCUAAUGCAUUUUAAUGGUGUCAAGUAAUGCUAAAUAUGCUGUACAUAGACACUUUUUGCCAAAAUAAAUAAUAAAAAUAAAUUAUGGUUUUAUUUA